UAACUGCAGUAUUGGAGAGGAAGGCUUCAGAGCUCUUGCAUCAGCACUGAGAUCAAACCCCUCACACAUGAGAGAGCUGCAGCUGAGUGGGAAUAAAGCAGGAGACUCAGGAGUGAAGCAUCUUUCUUCUCUUCUGGAGGAUCCCAACUGUAAACUGGAGAAACUAAACCUGCAAAACUGCAGUAUUGGAGAGGAAGGCUUCAGAGCUCUUGCAUCAGCACUGAGAUCAAACCCCUCACACAUGAGAGAGCUGCAGCUGGGUGGGAAUAUAGCAGGAGACUCAGGAGUGAAGCAUCUUUCUUCUCUUCUGGAGGAUCCCAACUGUAAACUGGAGAAACUACACCUGUAUUACUGCAGUAUUGGAGAGGAAGGCUUCAGAGCUCUUGCAUCAGCACUGAGAUCAAACCCCUCACACAUGAGAGAGCUGCAGCUGAGUGGGAAUAAAGCAGGAGACUCAGGAGUGAAGCAUCUUUCUUCUGUUCUGGAGGAUCCCAACUGUAAACUGGAGAAACUACACCUGGAUAACUGCAGUAUUGGAGAGGAAGGCUUCAGAGCUCUUGCAUCAGCACUGAGAUCAAACCCCUCACACAUGAGAGAGCUGCAGCUGUGGGGGAAUAAAGCAGGAGACUCAGGAGUGAAGCAUCUUUCUUCUCUGCUGGAGGAUCCCAACUGUAAACUGGAGACACUAAACCUGAUAUACUGCAGUAUAACAGAUGAAGGUUUCAGAGCUUUAGCAUCAGCACUGAGAUCAAACCCAUCAGCCCUCAGAGAGCUCUAUCUGAAUGGGAAUCAGCUUGGACCCUCAGCACAGCAGCUGCUCUCUAAACUGGAGAAACAUCCAAACUCUAAACAUCUACAAAUACAUGGAUCUAAUGAAUCCAUCCUGCUGUAGUGUUCCACCUGAAUCAUGUUUUUACACUGUGCAUAAAUAAGUGUUGCAGCACAGUCAUAUGUGAAGUUAUAUGUUUUAAAGUGACUUAUGUAAAUAUGAAAAUUGUGAGUAAUAUUGUAUAAAGAAUGUUUUCAAUAAAAACACGUGAUAACAUGUUAA